UGAUCGAGAGAGUAAGGCACCUGAUCGAUCUGAUCACCUUCACGGACUUGAGAGUGACCGAGUUACGACCGGUAAUACUUUUCUUCAGUCGCCGACACAGGAGGACAAUGUCCCUACAUUGAGCCGGCACUUCUGUCUUCUUUUUCUCAUUCUCUCUUGGUUCGGUUGCUAGAUGGACGAAUAUGGGUAUUCUCUCGAAGUCAAACUCACGGACGAGGAGUGGGAGCGAUACCUCGCACACAAACGUCGGUGGUGUCGGCUUCAGCCACUGAUUGAAACACGAGGCUACCGAAUAGCGAAGCAGUAUAACCCAGACACAGUGUCGGCAUGGAAAGAGCGGCCGAAGGGGUAUGUGGAUGAACCCAACUAUCCUCACCUGCUGGAGGGUGUACGCAUUUCUGACAAACGGCCUGUCAUGCUCAAGUUCACUCGCACUGAUCUUUGGGAGGCCCAAAUUUUUCAGGACCUCGCGUCCUUCCCGGACGCGGAUAAUCACACCAUUCCUUUAUACGACGUAAUCACGCCCCCACACGACCCAGACUCUCAAAUGCAGUGGUGUAUCGUCGUAACACCGCGGCUGACGGACUGUCGGGAAAGACAUUUCCGUACCCUCGAAGAUUUGGUGCAAUUCAUCACUCAGGUUAUCGAGGGUGUUUGCUUCAUGCACAGAUACAAUAUCGCCCAUACCGACGUGGCACGCACGAACAUAGUCUGGGACAAACGGCCCAUUGACGACGAUCCGUUGGAUCGUAAGGGCAAACCGAAAUCCAGAAGACCAACGGUCGCUCCUCGAAGAUAUUAUUUCAUCGACUUCGGGCUUGCCUGCGCGUUCCCGAGCUUUGAAGAACGAGGAAGGGUGCAAGGGCUAUGCGGGCAGCACAGAAAUAUACCCGAAUUAUCUGAGGAGGUGCCUUAUGACCCAUUUCCCCUAGACAUUAGACAAAUCGGAGAGAUGCUCACGAGAGAUUAUACCCAAGUAUAUGCCGAGCUAGAAUUUCUGGAACCUUGGAUUGCCCGACUUCGAGAUGAUGAUCCCACAAAACGACCGACGGCACCUGAAACAUUGGCCUAUUUUCAAAAUCUCGUAGCGUCCUUACCGGAAGAGAAACUGAAAGCCCAGGUUUAUGGGCGCAACGAAUGGCCGAAUGGGCGUCGCUUCAUGACGUACGCCGUCAUCAUCUGGUUCUUUGCAAACGCUGUCUUUUUGUGGUGGAAUUGGAAACGACUCACUACUCCUAUCGUACUCAUUUCAGACGACCUUUCUGGAUGAUGCCUCGUGCAACAAUCCGAACAAUGUAUACUAAUAGCACAUUUGUUGUAUUUAAUACACUAAUGCAUGACUUCAUUUGACCAAACUCCAAUUCAGCUCUUUUCCAGACCAGAAGGGCACUACCGUUCCCGGACCUUCACCGAACGUACCUUCCACGACCUCUGCCUUUCGCGCAAGUGUCACUUUGCCAGCUUGUGAAGUGAGCUCUCUGCGAUAGAAGCGACGUCCAAAGGCGCUUGUGAAGCCCUCCAGCUUAUCCAGAGCGUCAAAAGACUCUAGAAGGUGCGCGACUAGCGGCAGAAGAACUGGAGAUGUGUAUAUUCCUGCCGCACACCCGUGAUGCGGAGCGCUCGUCGACUUGGAUUCAUGCGGAUGGGGUGCCGAAUCAGAGCCCAAGAAGAAACGCG